UCUCUUUCUCUCUCUCUUCUGGGCGAGUCCGAAGAAAAAGAAAAGAUGGAGAUGGCCAUCGACACGCCAUCGCCGUCGCCGUCGUCCGCCUCGCCGGCACCGUCGGCGGCGGCGGGCCGCCAGACGCGCGCGGCGGAGUCGGUGCGGCUGGAGCACCAGCUGGUGCGCGUGCCCCUGGAGGCCCUCAGGGCCACCGCUCGCACCAACCACCGCCUCGCCGAGAAGGAGAUCGCCGCCGUCCUCUCCUCCGCCUCCGCGGCGCCCGGGGACAACGGCGCCGCCGCCGCCGUGGACCACCUCACCUCCCUCGUCUCUCGCCUCCAUGGCCUCAAGCGCAAGAUGGAGGAGGGCGCUCGGGCGGAGGAGCUCCAGGUGCAGAGGUGCCGUGCGCGGCUGGACCGGCUGGCCGCUGCCAGCGCCGGCGACGACGGCGAGUGGGAGGACAUGCGGCUCAAGCGCAUCCUAGUUGAUUACAUGCUGAGGAUGUCAUACUACGACACUGCCGCCAAGCUCGCUGAGACCUCUGGCAUUCAGGACCUUGUUGAUAUUGAUGUCUUCCUAGAUGCGAAAAGAGUAAUUGAUUCUCUUCAGAAUAAGGAAAUUGCUCCUGCUUUAGCUUGGUGUGCAGAAAAUAAAUCUCGGUUAAAGAAAUCAAAGAGUAAGCUUGAGUUUUUACUGAGACUUCAAGAGUUUGUGGAACUAGUCAGGGCUAAGAACUCCCUGCAGGCUAUAGCAUAUGGUCGGAAAUACCUUGCUCCCUGGGCGUCUACACACAUGAAAGAAUUGCAACGUGUUUUUGCAACACUAGUUUUCAGAAGCACUACAAACUGUGUUCCUUACAAGGUCUUGUUUGAGCUGAACCAGUGGGACUCUCUUGUGGAUCAGUUUAAACAAGAAUUCUAUAAAUUAUAUGGCAUGACAUUGGAGCCAUUACUGAACAUCUACCUGCAAGCAGGCCUGACAGCUCUCAAGACUCCAUUCUGCUUCGAGGGCAACUGCCCCAAAGAAGACCCUCUGUCCCUGGACGGAUUCCGAAAACUUGCAGAGCCGCUGCCCUUUUCCAAGCAGCACCACUCGAAGCUCGUGUGCCACAUAACUAAGGAGCUCAUGGACACUGAGAAUCCACCGCUAGUCCUGCCCAACGGCUAUGUGUACAGCACUAAGGCCCUUGAUGAGAUGGCCAAAAAGAAUGAGGGCAAGAUCACAUGCCCCAGGACAGGAGAAGUCUACAAUUACACCGAACUCGUCAAGGCCUACAUCUCAUGAUGAUCAUGGUGAUGCUGUCAUAGCUCGUGUUGGAAGAUGAUGAUCAUCUGAUUGAUUUGCGGUCCGAAUGUACAUAGAAUGAAUGGAUGAUCACCCACAGUAUUGUGCAUCAUAUGAAGUUAAUUUGAGUUGUAGCAAAAGUUCUAUUGAAAUUGAAACUACUGAUUCUAUUUCCAUCAUUUACUUUUCCUGUUUAA